AUGUCGACCCAUGACAUCACUAUUGACGAUGGCUGCCCACUCAUAACGUAUUCCGGUGACUGGAACGACUCAACCAACGAAGACAUUAUCGACCAAUACUGGCUGAAUACUUAUCAUUCAACAUCCGAACCUGGUGCUAGCGCUUCGUUCAAAUUUACUGGGACUGCUGUUUAUCUGUAUGGCUCAAAGCGUCCCAGUCAUGGUUCCUACGAAGUCGACAUAGACGGCGUUUCAAUAGGCCAAUUUGAUGGCUCUAGCAGGUCUAUAGAAAGUCUGGCACUUCUAGCCAAAGCUGAAGGGCUAACUUGGGGAGAACAUAUUGUCACAAUCACCAAUACAGGCACAAACGGGGCGUUUCUGGAUUUGGACCAGGUAAAAUGGACAACUGGCAAACCGGGCUUAACUGCGAUCACGAACACCACCGAGAUUGACGACGCUGGUGACUCGGCCGUAGUUUCAUACACUCCGACUGGAUCAUGGGGCACUGUAGACCCUGCUGGCCAGGCUGGGUCGUAUCACAGGGGCACGGUUCAUACGACGUCAACGCAAGGAUCGGCGGUGUCGGUCCGCUUCAAUGGCAACGCUAUAUACGUCUAUGGGUCCACCGACAGCUCUUCUGGUGCAUAUGAUGCGAAGAUAGACGGACAGCCGACCACGUCGCUUCAAGGGUCUACAGCCACCCUGCGUCAACCAGCCUUAUUAUUUUAUGCGGAUGGACUCGAUUCCAAUGAUCACACAUUAACUCUCACCAACCAACAAGAGGGCUCUGUGCUGAGAUUUGACUAUGCUGUCGCAUCAACAUGGACAGAGGGUACCGUGGCCAGCAAACCCGAAAACGCGGCCAGCACGGCGGGACCCGUCCGCAGCGCAACACACUCUCAUACGGCUGUCAUCGCGGGGAGCGUGGUUGGAGGAGUAGUCGGGUGUAUACUCCUCGUGUUGUUUACUCUUUGCUGCCUACGCCUCAAACGGGCAGCGAAGAUGGACGAAUCCCAGUCGGAUGUUAAAAUUAUCGUUGGGGAUGGAGGUAAAACCAAGAAGCGGCCCCUGUCGACGUUCUCUUGGAAUCCACAGCGCUCCUGGUUAGGAAGUGCGAAUAGGCCUAUAUCGACUGUAUCUGGCGUUUCAGGGACUUCUGGUCCGGGCAUGGCUGGCGUUGGUGCACAUAGCUCAAGUGGAUGGGCGUUUCGACGGAGAUCAGCACAGCAAUUCGGUAACAUCGAGAAGCCUUACCCAUCACCUACUCUUAUGCCACCCUCGCGGUAA